AUGUCACAGGACGGGCUCCCUUUAAUGAUAUUUUUCGACGUUCUGGGGACAAUUGUGGAAUGGAGGCAUUGCAUCGCGACCGAACUGCAUGCUGCAGCACAAAGGGCUCUGCAAGAAAAAGCUCGAAAUUUGAGCGCCGAUGUGCGAGAACGUGUUUGUGAUAUGUCCACCUCUAGCUGGCAGGAGAUCGCCGAAGAGUGGCAUCGCGAAUAUAUGAAAUUCGGAGACACUUACGAUACAUCUAAGCCCUUUGUCUCAGUAGACGAGUACAACCGCAUUUCUUUGGAAAAUAUUCUCAACACAAGGCUAUUUCCAGGUUUAUUUGGCGAAGAUGAUCUCCAAGGGUUGACACUCGCUUGGCACCGACUUGACUCAUACCCUGAUAGUGUGCCAGGCCUGUCGUUUCUGGGUACUAAAUUCUUGACGUCUACAUUAUCCAAUGGAAAUGUAAAACUGCUCGAAGACCUGCAAGAACACAAUUCUUUGCCUUUCAAGCACAUCACCAGUGCAGAGCAUUUUGGUGCUUACAAGCCGUCGCCAGAGGUCUAUCGUGGUGCUUCUCGCAGAUUCGGUCUUGAAAAUUCGGAAUGUUGUCUGGUCGCAGCCCAUCUUGAGGACUUGCAAGCCGCCAAAAAAUGUGGCUUUCAGACAAUCUACCUUGAAAGAGACUUGGAAGAAGCUUGGGAUAGUAAAGACGUUGCGCGAGCCAGGGAAGAGGGAUUUGUGGAUCUUUGGGUCGAAUUUGGAGGCACAGGUCUGAUUGAAAUUGCUCGAUAUUAUGGAAUAGAUAGUUGA